AUGGUGCACCCCAAGACGUUUUCGGCCUCAACGACGGCGGCCACGACGGCCGUGGCGUCGGUGCGGAGCAGCUUUGAUGCGUCGCUGGCGCCCAAGAGCCAGCCGGACAGCAUCGAGGCGGCGGCGGCGACGGCAAAGGAGAUGGAGCAGCGGCUGCACGAGCAGAUGCAGCUCAACCUCGCCCGGCAGCCCAGCGCCGGCGCCACGUCGCACGAUGUCCGCCCGAUCUCGCCCAUCGACACGCCCACCACCCUCGCCGGAUCGCUGCGCCACUCGCUCGACGGACACGGCGGCAAGGGCGGCGACAUCGACGAGAAGAAGCGGGGAGGUGUCGACCUCGAAAAGGUCGUCGCUGCCCUCGAGUCGGGCGUCGUGAUUCGACCGGGCUCAAAGGACAGCACCGACGACGACGACGACGAUGAGGAUGUCGGCCCGGCUCCCGACGGCGGCUUCAAGGCCUGGCUCGUCGUGGCCGGCACUUUUCUCAUGAUCAUGACCAACUUUGGCCUGCUCACGUCGUACGGCGUCUUUGGCACCUACUACGCCUCGCACCAGCUCGCCCAUCUCCCCGCCUCGACCGUCAGCUGGAUCGGAUCGGUCCAGACGUUCUGCGUCUACGCCGGCUCGGUCGUCUUUGGCAAGCUCUGCGACGACUUCGGCCCGCGCUGGUUCCUCAUGGUCGGCUCGAUCCUCACCUUCGCGUCGCUGCUGGCCGUGUCGUGGUGCGAGCAGUUCUGGCAGUUCGUGCUGGUCCAGGGCUUCCUGUUUGGCAUCGGCGGCUCGAUGCUCUUCCUGCCCUCGUGCACCAUCGUCGGCCAGUACUUUGACCGGCGCCGCGGCCUGGCCAUGGGCAUCAUCAUCGGCGCCGCCUCGUUUGGCGGCAUCGUUUGGCCCCUGGUCCUCUCGGCCCUCUUUGCCUCGCCCAGCCUCGGCUUCGCGUGGGGCACGCGCAUCUCGGCGCUCCUCCUCGGCGUCAUGCUCGCCCUCGCCAACGCUGUCAUGAAGCCGCGCCUCAAGCCCAACCGCAGCAGCGCCAAGACCACCUCGGUGCCGUGGACGUCAACCUACCGCGUCUUUGCCAACGUCGACUACGCCAUCUUUGUGGCGGGCAUCUUUUUCGCCUGGAUCAACUUCUUCGUGCCCUACUUUCAGAUCAGCUCGUAUGCCAAGCUGGUCGGCUUCGACACCGACAUGGCCUCGCGCUGCAUCACCAUCAUGAACACGGCUUCGCUCGUGGGGCGGAUCGCGUCGGGCCCGCUGGCGGACCGGUACGGGCGGUUCAACUGCCUGUCGAUCUUUGGCGUCCUCUCGUCGGUGUCGCUGCUGGUCCUCUGGCCGGUGCCCGGCCUGAUGGACACGCGGGCGGGCGUGAUGCUCCUCUCGGUCUUCUACGGCCUCUUUUCCGGCGGCUCGAUUGCCAUCGCGUCGGCGUGCUGCGCCCAGCUCUCGACGCCGCGCGAGCUGGGCACGCGCCUCGGCAUGCUCUGGACCUCGGCCGCACCGGGCCUCCUCAUCGGGCCCGUCGUCUCGACCAAGCUCAUCGACGCCAUGCACAGCAGCUACCUCGGCCUCGCCAUGUGGGCCGGCUUCAUGACCCUCUUUGGCUUCGCCCUCAUCGUCCUCGCCCGCUUCCGCCUCGCAAAGUGGCGGUGGGCCGCCAUCGUCUAG